AUGCCUUUGACGCACGCCUGUGCGCUCCUAUUGCUGCUGCUAGCGGCCUGGGAGACGGCGGGCGCUCGAGAAGGCGAUGCCGCAGAGCGCCCAGACAGAGGGGCGCGCGAGGGCGCGAGCAGCGGCGCGAGCAGCGGCAGCGGCGGCGGCCUGCUUCGCGCGCCGCGGCAGCUGCGCCAGGCCCGGCGAGGAGGCGUUGGACUGGGUCAGCCGCCCCCUGUGGUGGUGCUGUACACGCAGUUUGGGGCGAUCCGCGUGAAGCUGCUGGAGGGGGUGGCUCCCCGCAUCACUGCCCUGGUGUGGCACCUGGCUGCGGCGCGCAACUGCUCCACCACCUACACCUGCGCCUUCUACAGGAACGAGGCGCGGCCGCAGUCUGGGCCGGGGCCGCCUUACGCGCUGCUGCAGGGGCGCAUGCAUGACCUGGCAGAGGCGAGCUGGGCUGCCAGUCUCAGAUCCCCCGCCGCAAGCUGUGCCGUGGUGGACCCUCCAUGGGAGGGCGUCAUCGAGGUGAAGCGGGGCCACGUGUGCUUCAUCCCCGGCGGCAAGGACUUCUUCAUAGCGCUGGGGGACCACCCAGAGUGGGGCAAGUCACACCCGUGCUGGGGCCUGGUGGAGGAGUGGUUUGCCACAGACCUCAUCAUCGCGCAGGCAUACAACCCCUGGACGCACCCAGACCACGGCACAGUGCUGCGCAUCCUCACAAUUGAGGUGCCUUACACGAUGGCUGUGGAGGGGGACCGCACAUACGGCGGCAUGCUGGGAAGCCUGCGCUGA